GAGGGUUCGGCGGGGGGGGGGGGGGGCGCGGCGAGCGAUGGAUGAGGACAACAUGACGAGGAGCGAGGAGCAGCAGCUGAGUCUGCAGAAGGCGCUGCAGCAGUGCGAGCUGGUCCAGAACAUGAUCGACAUCAGCAUCUCCAACCUGGAGGGGCUCCGCACCAAGUGCGCCGCCUCCAACGACCUCACGCAGAAGGAGAUCCGCACCCUGGAGAGCAAACUGGUCAAGUACUUCAGCCGGCAGCUGUCCUGCAAGAGGAAGGUGGCCUUGCAGGAGCGCAACGCCAAGCUGGAGGGUUUUCCCCAGCUCCUGCACUGGUUCCGCAUCGUCGACAUGCGCAAGGAGGUGAUGGAGGAAAUCGCCCCUGGGCAGCUGAGCCUGGAGGAGCUGCUGGACAUGACCGAUGACCAAGUCUGUGCCACCGUGGAGAAGUUUGGGGCCAACAGCGAGGAGUGUGCCCGCCUGAACGCCUCCCUGUCCUGCCUCCGCAGCGUCCACAAGUCUGGUGGGAGCCUCUCCAAGCAGGACUGGAUCAUCCAGUGGCCCACGGCGGAGCCGGGGAAGGAGAACAGCCCUGGGUGCCAGGUGGAGCCGGCGCCAUGGGGCAGGAUGCACCCCUCGCAGAGCCCCAGGCUCCAGCCCAAGUGCGGGGGACAGCACCACUGCCACGCAGGCUCGUCCCACGGACCCAUGUACACCCAUGUGGACCGGCUGACCGUGGAGGGCCACCCAGGACUGUGCCCGCCCGUGGAGUCUGGCCACCGCUCCCUGCCACCCUCCCCGCGCCAGCGACACGCCGCCCACACCCCUCCGCGUACCCCCAACAUCGUGACUACGAUGACACCCCCCGGCACGCCGCCGGUACGACGGAGGAAUAAACUGAAGCCUCCUGGGACGCCACCGCCCUCGUCACGAAAACUGAUCCACCUCAUCCCCGGCUUCACCGCGCUGCACCGCAGCAAGUCCCACGAGUUCCAGCUGGGUCACCGUGUGGAUGAGGCGCACACCCCCAAAGUCAAGAAGAAGAACAAGCCCUUGAACCUCAAGAUCAACAACAGUGUGGGAAGCUGCGAGAACAUCCCGGCGCAGCGUUCCCCGCUCCUCUCCGAGCGCUCCCUCCGCUCCUUCUUCGUGGGGUACCCGCCGUUCCUCCCCUCCACACCCCCUGUCCACACCGAAGUCACCUUCUCAGCAAAUACGCUGUCAGUGCCUCGCUGGUCCCCGCAGAUUCCCCGUCGAGAUCUGGGAAACUCAAUAAAGCACAGGUUUUCCACCAAGUACUGGAUGUCACAGACCUGCACCGUCUGCGGGAAAGGAAUGUUGUUCGGCUUAAAAUGCAAAAACUGCAAGCUCAAGUGCCACAACAAAUGCACCAAAGAGGCCCCUCCAUGUCACCUGCUGAUCAUCCACCGCGGAGGGAGACGAACCGUUCGGGGCGAGGCAGAUUUGCAUUGCAAACCACUUCCACCCACCCUUCCCCUGCCUCCUUUUCUUUUCAGAUUCCCCACCGCACGGGCAAGGUUAGUCCGGACAGAGUCGGUGCCCUGCGAUAUCAACAACCCCCUGCGGAAACCCCCCCGGUAUUCGGACCUGCACGUCAGCCAGACGCUCCCCAAAACCAACAAACUCAACAAGGACCACAUCCCGGUGCCCUACCAGCCAGACUCCAGCAGCAACCCCUCCUCCACCACCUCCUCCACCCCGUCCUCGCCAGCCCCACCGCUGCCGCCCAGCGCGACGCCCCCGUCCCCCCUGCACCCGUCCCCGCAGUGCCCGCGCCAGCAGAAGCAGUUCAACUUACCAGCUUCCCAUUACUACAAGUACAAGCAGCAGUUCAUUUUCCCAGACGUGGUGCCUGAGACGCCGACCCGAGCUCCUCAGGUUGUUCUCCACCCCGUCAACUCCAACCCCAUCCUGGAAGGCAACCCAUUGCUUCAAAUUGAAGUGGAGCCCACCUCGGAGAAUGAGGAAGGCGCUGAGGAGGCUCAGGAAUCCGAGGAUGACUUUGAAGAGAUGAACCUCUCGCUCCUCUCCGCCCGCAACUUCCCCCGCAAGGCCAGCCAGACCAGCAUCUUCCUCCAGGAGUGGGACAUCCCCUUUGAGCAGCUGGAGAUUGGCGAGCUCAUCGGCAAGGGCCGCUUCGGGCAGGUGUUUCAUGGCCGCUGGCACGGGGAGGUGGCCAUCCGCCUCAUCGACAUCGAGAGGGACAACGAGGACCAGCUGAAGGCCUUCAAGAGGGAGGUGAUGGCGUACCGGCAGACGCGGCACGAGAACGUGGUGCUCUUCAUGGGAGCUUGCAUGAGCCCUCCCCACCUCGCCAUCAUCACCAGCCUGUGCAAAGGACGGACUCUCUACUCGGUGGUGAGAGAUGCCAAAAUUGUCCUGGAUGUCAACAAGACGAGGCAGAUAGCGCAAGAAAUUGUGAAGGGAAUGGGUUACCUGCACGCCAAGGGGAUUCUUCACAAGGAUCUCAAGUCGAAAAAUGUUUUCUAUGACAAUGGGAAGGUGGUGAUCACGGACUUUGGCCUCUUCAGCAUCUCGGGAGUUCUCCAAGCAGGCAGGCGAGAGAACAAGCUGCGGAUCCAGAACGGCUGGUUGUGCCACCUCGCCCCCGAGAUCAUCCGCCAGCUCUCGCCAGACACCGAGGAGGACAAGCUGCCCUUCUCCAAGCACUCGGAUGUCUUUGCCCUGGGCACCAUCUGGUACGAGCUGCACGCACGGGAAUGGCCCUUCAAGACGCAGCCGGCAGAGGCGAUAAUCUGGCAGGUGGGAAGAGGGAUGAAGCCCAACCUCAGCCAGAUCGGGAUGGGCAAGGAGAUCUCGGACAUCCUCCUCUUCUGCUGGGCCUACGAGCAAGAGGAGAGACCCACCUUCACCAAGCUCAUGGACAUGCUGGAGAAACUGCCAAAGCGCAAUCGUCGCCUUUCCCACCCUGGGCACUUCUGGAAGUCAGCAGAGCUGUGACAGGAGGAGUUAAGGGACGGUGCCUUUAUCCCCCUGCGGUUCUACUCUUCCUCUCCACUUCCUACCCCACGCUAUGGAGGAGCAGCGGGCGCCGCGGGCUGACGGCAGGAUGAGGACAAUGCCGCAAUGUUUCACCCUGCGGAGCCUCUGCAAGGAGCCGAGCUGGCAGCCAAGCCCCGGGGCACCCGGCUGCGGUGGGAUGGGGACAGCGGGCGGUUUCACAUGAACACGGGGUCAGAUCUUGGGCCGAUUCCCCUCAAGUAGGGGUGGCCCGUGGCUUCAGUGUCACCCCAGGGCUCCUCUGAUCCCCAUCAGCACAGUCAGUGCACCUGAUGCUCACUUGGGGAGGGGUUGUUUUUUGAUUCUCGAUGGGUUUAUUUUGUUUCCUUUAUUACUAUUAUUAUUAUUAUUAUUAUUUUUAAUGAAAAAAGGGGGAAAUGUUGCUGAUUCAUGAGUUUAGCGCUGGAGCCUGCUGGGGGCCAGGGAGUGCCGCUGCUAUUAGCUGCCACCUGCGGGGAAAUGCAUCUGCAGAGCCAGAGCUGGAGGAGUCCAGCUCCCCCGGUGCCUCGGCAGCCCCGUCACGGGCAGCGCUGACCUUUCACAAGUGGCUUCUCUACCUCCCGGCCAUACCCACUUAUGUCCCCCACCCCGGUCUCCCUCUCACCAGGGCGCAUCUCUACAUUCCUGUUAAUUUAGCACAUCUAAUCAGUGAGCCGUUCCCUCUCGCUCCCCCGUGGCGUGGCGUUGCUCUUGGCUUUGACCCUCGCUCCCAAAGGCAAUGCCAAAAUGGGGUUGCUUUGGGGCCAGGAAGAGCAGGACUGGCUGAUGUUGGGGUCCUUCCCUGCUCCCACUUUCUUCCCUGGGCUCGUUGCCGGGGAUGUGGAUGGGCUCUGGUUGUACAAAGUCAGCGUCUCCCUUCCCAGCCCCAUGCAUGGGAGCCGGGGCCGUCUCAGCAUCCCAAGCAGCUGUCCCCAGGACCACUUUUCCCUGCAUCUUCAUCUUCCAUCAGCCAAAUCCCAGAUUUCCCCCCAAAAGAUGCUCUUUGGGCAGCAUCUCAGAGUUGGUAUUGCCAUCUGAAUAUCGCCACGUGCUGGUAUUUCCCUCUCCCCCUUGGCUCGAACGGGCCCCUGAGCCCGUUAGAUGAGUUGUCAAGCGACAGACGAUAGCAAAUUGCGUUUUCAGGCCUUUAUUGAGCAUAAUUGCUUGACAGGAACCAUCCUGAAUAAUUCAAUCGCAGUCUAAGUUAGCUUUAAUUUGGAGACAUGAUGAGGCUCUGCAAACUUAACCAGCCCUGGUUUAUUUGCUGCUCCUCUAACUCCCUCUCACUGACGUUUGAACCACUUUAGCAUAAGUAAAUGAAGAUUAGAAACCUAAUUGCUGCUAGGGGGAGAUGUUACUUUAAUUGUGGGGGUGUGUAAGAAGGUGCUUUUAUUUCUUAAAAUGUGCGCACGUGCAUAUGCAUAAAAGUGGAGGUGGGCAGGAGCAGGGGGGUGAGUUUGGCCUCUGGGGUCGCUCUGGAUGCAUCUCCUGGUGAUGCUUUUGGGGCACUUUUUGUGCUGUGUGGUCGCAUCUCGCUCUAAGAUGUUUUGCACAAAGUGGGAAUGAGGAGGAUCACCCACAUCUGCUUUUGAUGCUGAGGCCAAGCGGGACGAGCGAGCCAGGGCAGGCUGAGCCCUCGUUUGUGCUAAUUGUCCCCUGCACCGGGUGGGUUGGGGUCCCCUGGGUGUGAUGCUGCAUCAUCCUCAUCCCAAAGGAUGCUCCAUUGCUUCUCACCCUCUGCCUCCUCCACAUCGCACCUCUUCCUUCGCUAACACAAACCAGCUUCUUCAUCCUACCCCAGUGAAGUCCUCUGCUGCCUGUCCUCCCCAUCCCACCCCUUCCCUCCUCAUCCUCUGCGCAUGUGCACACGUGUGCCAUAAACGUUGCACUAAAGCCUCAGAGACUCUCUGAGUUUUCACCGAUGCCUUCACCUGCCGUGGUCCUGGGGUCUGUGAGAGGUAGGACAACCCCAUUGCCAGUGGUCUCAGCUGCCAGGGAGGCACGGGGAGGUCACACCAUGAAAUCACCAGUCCCCAAACCACAUUCAGAUGGAGCAAUUGCUGUAGAAAGGUGGUGUCCUUCUCACUUGGUGGCUUUAGUUUCUAAGUAGGUGUGAACUUCCCAGGAGAGCAGUAGCAAGUGGAACUUCUUGGGAGGAUGAAUGAGGUGAUACUGUGGAUGAUGCUCAGCACCAGGGGUGGCAAAGAUAUGUAGCCUGGUAGAUGUUGUGCAGAUGUGUGGUUUAAGGAACAAUGUCCAGCUUUAAAGACUUGUGGGUUUGCUCUCUGUGCCCCAAGUCCUCCGCUUGCCUGGAAAGGCUCACGUUAACUCUCUACAACUGCCUGAAAGGAGGUUGGAGCAUGGACGGUGUUGGUCUCUUCUCCCAAGUAGCCAGUGAUAAGACAAGAGGAAAUGGCCUCAAGUUGCGCCAGGGGAGGUUGAGGUUGGAUGUGGGGAACAAUUUCUUCCCCAAAGGGCUGUGGGGCAUUGGAACAGGCUGCCCAGGGCAGUGCUGGAGUCACCAUCCCUGGAGGGUUGGACAGACGGAGAUGAGGUUCUCAGAGACAUGGGGCAGUGCCAGGGGUGGGGGAACAGUUGGACUCAAUGAUCUUGAGGGGCAUUUCCAACCAAAAUGAUUCUAUGAUUCUACCUUGACCUAUCUCCCCAUGGGGUCUUGCCAGCUGUUGGCAGACACCUACUCUAUUUUAUCGGCGGAGACUCAAGGAAACAAGUGAACUGAUGAACCCGUUAGUUUGGUGACUCUACGGUGUCAGGUCGUCACCAGGAGCAUGGGGUGCUCUCCAUCAGCUUUGGCCAAGUGUUGCUGCCCUGGUUUUUGGGCAUCUGAAAGGAGCCAACUGCUCCUAGAGCCAACAAAUCUCGCCAACUCUUCCCUCAUCUCCCUCCUCCUUCUCCCCCCGUUUCCUCACCAUAACGUCUCAGCCAGGCUACAAGCAGAGCCAUCGCACAAUAGUAUCGAUGGAAAAAUAGCUGCCCUGCAUUUAUCAUAAAUUAGCUCAGAAGAGCAGCUCCUUCCCUUCCAUUCAGCGCAGCAACGGUUGUUUAUGCAGCCGUGUUAUUUGCAUCAUGCCUUCUUAUUUUUGAAAGUCUUAAUUAUUAAAAAAAAGCAAACCGACAAAUCUUACUUUUUAUUUUUGUUACUUUUUUCUUGUUUUUUUGACUCCAGCUUUGUGAGGGUUUUUCUUUUCCUUAGUUUAAAAAUAUCCAGCCCUUCAGCAGGGAGAGAAUGUGGGAGAAGCUCUCCACAAUGCCCUCUAAUAGGAGAUCCGAAGGAGUGAGAAGGUCCAUCCGGCAGCUCAGUUUAGCUGUGGGAGCCAGAGGAGACACGGGGGCUAUUUCCAGCUGUGCCGGGUGAGAGUGGAGCCACUUUUAGCCCACUGAUAUUUUGAGCAGCAGCUUGAGAUAUAGAGAAUCAUCCCCAACCCUGGGUAGAUGGGCAAGGGGUUGGAGCACAAUUGUGAUGGGAGCGGCUGAGGGACCUGGGGAGUUCAGCUGGAGAACAGGAGCUGAGGGGAGACCUUCUGAUCUCUGAACUGCCUGAAAGGAGCCAGGGGGGGUCGGGCUCUGCUCCCCAGGAACAAGCGCCAGGAGCAGAGGAAACAGCCUCAAGUUGCGCCAAGGGAGGUUGAGGUUGGAUCUGGGAACAAUUUCUUCCCCAAAGGGCUGUGGGACAUUGGAACAGGCUGCCCAGGGCAGUGCUGGAGUCACCAUCCCUGGAGGGUUGGACAGACGGACAUGAGGUUCUCAGGACAUGGGGCAGUGCCAGGGCUGGGUUAACGGUUGGACUCGAUGAUCUUGAGGGGCUUUUCCAACCAAAAUGGUUCCAUUAUUUUGCAUCCCUGGGCUCUGGCAGCAGAGCAGCCCCAGUGGUGCUCUCUGGCCCCAUUCUCCAGCUCUCAGCUGCUCUAUCCUUUCGGUCACCCUCCGAAGCUCUUCCCCGAGCUCCCCAGCCCCUGACCUCGCUGCUGCCUGGAGGAUUUUUUCCAGCAUUUCAAUGCUGUGUGGGGCUGGGUGGUGAUGGAAAGGCUGGUGCUGCACAGCCCCGUAGCACCAUGUCCUCCUUUGGCUGCUAAAUUAUAUUCCCUGGUCCUGCUUCUGCUUUUUCUCCCCACCUUUCCCUGCAAAUUACCCAAAUCCUUGCUGAGCCACAACCAGCCGGGUGGUUCCCGGGGUGAUGAGGUCUGACGUGGUACUUGGCCACAGCAGGAGCCAAGAUGAGCAGGUUCUGCUGGGUUUAAGACAGAAAUGAAUGUCCUGGAGGUGGAGGAGCUGCCCAACCUUUGGUAGAUGCCAUGGAAGGGUCGGUGCCUACUUGGUCUCUUUGGCCAUGCCAAGGUGAAGGGGGGUGUCUUGGCGACACCGUCUGCACCCCCGAGUGCCGCAGGGAGCCCUGGGUCGAGCCCACCGUGGGCUGGCGCUCCACUGGGCACCUUCGCUUUCCUUCCUCCUUUCUUCACCACUUAUUUAUUUUAAUUUAUUUUAAUCUUUUUAUUUUUGCCAAUAGCGAUUCUUCGGGAAGCUUGGUCAGCUGCAAAAGCCUUCUUAAUUUCUGGUCCCUGUAAAGUAUGCUGUUACAUUUUCUUGUACAUAAGGUAUAUAUAAAUAUAUAUACAUAUCUCUAUAUGUAUGUAUAUAGAUAUAUACAUAUAUAACGAGCUCUAAAUCCUGUACAGUUUCAAACUGAACUUGGUGGCCUGCUUUGUUUUCUCUGUGUUAGUUCUGACUGUUGCAGAAUGAGCUGACUUUCAUUUCCCUUUUCCUCUUUCCCUUUUCUUUUUAUAAAUAUAUACAUAAAGAUA